AACCGGAUCCAACUCACAUAGUUAACACGCUCUCCGAUCCGUUUCCAUCUUUAAGAUCUUCCCCAAAAAUUGAUUUCUUUCCCCUAAAGUCUUGUAAUUGGGGCGGAAUCUGUGAUUCAAAAUCGUUAAUCUGAUCGAGUUUCUGACCCAAUCUUACGAAUUUCUUCACGAUGUCGAGGGAAUUCAACGUCCCGCCAGUGAUUUUCCCAUCCGGGGGAAACCCUAACACCGGCCCUCAGCGACGACUCCCCACUGCUCCAUUCCAGCCGUCGAGAUCUUCAAACCCUAGCAUCCCUUUCAUGUCCUUCGACAUCGGCUCCUCUCCAGCAUCCACCUCCUUUGCAACCCCUCAAUUUGGCAGCAUCGGAAGCGGUAGCGGUAGCGGUAGUGCGAACUUCGACGAUGAACCGCCUCUCCUUGAAGAGCUUGGUAUAAACACCAAACAAAUCUGGAACAAAACAGCUUCGAUUUUGAAUCCCUUUAGAGUUAAAGCAGAUCUUCACGAAGACGCCGAUCUAUCGGGUCCGUUUUUGUUUCUUAUGGCAUUCGGAUUGUUCCAGUUACUUGCUGGCAAGUUGCAUUUCGGGAUUAUUUUGGGGUGGGUGACAGUAGCUUCUCUGUUUCUGUAUGUUGUGUUCAACAUGUUAGCUGGCCGAAAUGGGAAUCUCGAUUUGUAUCGGUGCUUGAGUUUGAUCGGAUACUGUAUGUUACCUAUUGUGAUAUUAUCCGCAGUAGCAUUGUUUGUUCCUCAAGGUGGGCUGGUGAUCUUUGUGAUGAUGGGGAUUUUCGUGAUAUGGUCUACACGGGUGUGCACGAGGCUGUUGGUGGAACUAGCAUCUUGCGGCGAUGAACACCGUGGUCUAAUUGCGUACGCAUGUUUCUUAAUCUACAUGCUUUUUUCAUUAUUAGUUGUAUUUUGAUAUGGAUUUCAUCCCACCUGUUUAGUAUUCUUUAGAGAUAUGAUUUGGGUACAAUAUAGUAAUUGUUUCGUUUUUCUUUUUGAUAUUCAAAAUGGAAGAUCACUUCUGUUGAGUAUGUGAGGGGAUCAGGGGAUUGAUUUUGUGAACUAGUUAAGUAGCUGAUAUUAAACUUCAGGUUUUAUUACGAAUGAAAUGGAGAGUUGCUUACUUGCUUAUGCUUA